UUAUCCCUGUGCUGCUGCUCCUGCUGCUGCUGCUCCCGUGCUCUGUCCCUCCUUGCAGAGUUAAAAUGUAACCCUGUGAUGUCCUCGGCCUCCUCCCGGAACCUGUGAGAAAGCAAAGGACAGACACUUUCUACCUUGCUCUCAGAGAUUGCAGAAUCUGUGCCUGGACAUAUGGGGACGGAUCAGGAUGCGACUGGAUAUCGGAUACAGUUUAAUGCGGCGGUGUCCGUUAUUCAAAGCUUACCUAAAAGUGGCUCUUACCGGCCAUCCUAUGAUGAGAUGCUCAGAUUCUAUGGUUACUACAAGCAGUCUACAGCAGGACCCUGCAAUAUCUCUCGUCCUGGUUUCUGGGAUCCUAUUGGCAGAUACAAGUGGGAUGCCUGGAACAGAUUGGGCAAAAUGAGCCAAGAAGAUGCAAUGUGUGCUUACAUCAAAGAAAUGAAGAUGGUUGCACAAAAGAUUAUCGACACUGUUCCUCUGGAAGACACAUCACCUGAAAUGUUUGAGCCUUUCCGCCCUUUAUACGAAGUAAUCCCGGAUAUGCCACGUCCUCCAGAAUCCUUUUUCAAGAAUCACAUUGAGAAGGAAACAUCUGAGAAUAUACAAGAAGAGCAGGAGGCGAAUGAGGAGAUCCAGGAUCAAAAUUCAGGAGGAAGUCACGGUUAUGAGAACACAGCUGACUUAGGUGCACACUCAGGGCAGGAAGAGCCAGAGCAGCAGAGAAACCCUCUAGAUGAAGCCACACACCCAGCUCAAGUUGAGAGGAGACUAGAGAGCUGGCGGUCUGAAAAAGAUUUCUCUGAUAGUUUGGAACAACUGAAGCCUAAGGAGGUUUGUGAAGAUGAAGGUUCUAGGAUUUAUCCUCACUUGUUUCAACCAUCUGAUGUCACCCACAAAAAGCCAAAGGCUAAGACAAGGAGACAUAGUGCAGAAAGAAGAAAAGAUGAUGACACUGUGACAGUGUCAAAUUCAACUAGUGAUGCCUGGCUGGGGAAUGGAGAAAGCUGCUCAGACAUGUCUACUCAGUUGCGGACCAAGUGCCGAGGUUCACCACACCACCUGAGCCCUCAGAUUGCAGCCACAGUAGAGGCUCUACAGGCAUCAAUCCAGGGGCUUUGUCAGCGUAUAGAAAGCCUGGAAAGAGCUCUGCAGGAUUUGCAUCAUAUAGAUGGGAAAACUCAUAGAUCACACAAAGUGCCGAAAUCCCAGCACCCUGUGAUUGCCCAUUCUCAGACUCUAUUUUUCAUACUGGUCUGGCCAUUCAUUGUACACUGGCUGCUGCGCAGAUUUCUUAGGAGGAAAAGAUGACCUGUCUACCUGGCCUCUACUGUCCCUGUGUACUGAAACUCUCCAGCUGCAUAUGAAUGAACUCAAAAUAUAAAAGGGGAGGAUCCUGCUUUCUGAUGGAGACCACUUCAAAAGAGAUUUUGGGACUGGUAAAUGAAACACUACCAUAAAACAGGCCUGGUAGUGAAUAAGUUAAUUGACUUUUCAGUUGUUUUCUUGAUUUAUGCAUUAUAUUGCAUUUGUUUCUUUACUUUUGUGAAUAAUCUCCUCUAUCGUGUCUGCUGACGUAGCAAAUCCUACACCAAUUAAGCAGUGACUGGAGAUAUAUCUGAUAAAUGGCCUUUUCUUCCAAGGGAAAGCAAGUACAAAGGCAAAACAAACACAAGAGUGGCAGAGCAAGAAAGCCAGCAUAUAUUGACUGAGAGAGAGCACACAGAAUACAGAGGUAUCAGGAGAGCGAGCUCAGAGUUAGGCAAGGAAGAAGAGCGAGCAACAACACAGCCAGGGCUUUAGAGCGAGAUCAGAGCCAGACAGGUAGUAGAGAAAUCAGUUGAUCCAAAUAUUCCACAUAAAAUUGCAGUUUAUAACUUUUUUAAUGAUGUUAAUAAAAAAAAUGUUAAGUAAUUAA